CCCGCGGCCUCCCCUCGCUCGGCAGCCGCCGCGCAGCGAACACCCCAAACAAUCCCCCGCGCCGCCGCCAAAUUAAACAACCUGCCCGCUCCCCUUCGCCCUCCCGAAACACCCUCCCCUCCCCCCGACGAGACCCGGGCGCCGGGACAGGACGGGCCGAACGGCCGGCAACCGCGUCGAACGGGAAACAGGAACGGAGCUACGGGCCCGGGGCCUGCUCGCCGCUCUGCGCCCGCCGCUGGGGAAGAAGUUGUCCACUGCGAAGGAAGAAACAAUAGUAAGCGUGUACGACUUCUGACCAGUUUUUAAACAUCUUUCUAAUCCAGUGGUGUUCCAGAAGAUGAUAAAGAAAUGAUAGCAGCUCCAGAAAUACCAACUGAUUUUACUCUCCUUCAGGAGUCUGAAACACACUUCUCUUCUGAUACAGACUUUGAGGAUAUUGAAGGAAAAAACCAAAAACAAGGCAAAGGAAAAACCUGUAAAAAAGGAAAGAAAGGACCAGCAGAAAAGGGGAAAAGUGGGAACGGAGGAGGGAAACCUGGUGGUCCGAAUCGGAUGAAUGGACAUCACCAACAGAAUGGUGUGGAAAACAUGAUGCUGUUUGAGGUGGUUAAAAUGGGCAAGAGUGCUAUGCAGUCUGUAGUGGAUGACUGGAUAGAGUCAUACAAACAUGACAGAGAUAUAGCACUACUUGAUCUCAUUAACUUCUUUAUUCAGUGUUCUGGCUGCAAAGGAGUUGUUACGGCGGAGAUGUUCCGACAUAUGCAGAAUUCUGAAAUAAUCCGAAAAAUGACUGAAGAAUUUGAUGAGGAUAGUGGAGAUUAUCCACUAACUAUGGCUGGUCCCCAGUGGAAGAAGUUCAAAUCCAGUUUUUGUGAGUUCAUUGGAGUACUCGUCCGACAGUGUCAAUAUAGCAUCAUCUAUGAUGAAUAUAUGAUGGAUACUGUCAUUUCACUGCUUACGGGGUUGUCAGACUCACAAGUCAGAGCAUUUCGGCACACUAGCACUCUGGCAGCCAUGAAGCUGAUGACUGCUUUAGUGAAUGUGGCAUUAAAUCUAAGUAUUAACAUGGACAAUACACAACGGCAGUAUGAAGCAGAACGAAAUAAAAUAAUUGGGAAACGAGCUAAUGAUCGGCUGGAACUCUUACUACAGAAAAGAAAGGAGCUUCAGGAAAAUCAGGAUGAGAUAGAAAACAUGAUGAACGCAAUAUUUAAAGGUGUUUUUGUGCAUAGAUACCGGGAUGCAAUUGCUGAAAUAAGAGCUAUCUGUAUUGAAGAGAUUGGAAUAUGGAUGAAGAUGUACAGUGAUGCUUUUCUCAAUGACAGCUACUUAAAAUAUGUAGGGUGGACUAUGCAUGAUAAGCAAGGGGAAGUGAGACUCAAAUGCCUAACUGCUUUGCAAGGGCUUUACUAUAAUAAAGAGCUUAAUUCCAAAUUGGAACUCUUCACCAGUCGGUUCAAGGAUAGAAUUGUGUCUAUGACUCUUGACAAAGAAUAUGAUGUUGCAGUCCAAGCAAUAAAAUUACUCACUCUUGUUUUACAGAGUAGUGAAGAAGUUUUGACUGCAGAAGACUGUGAAAAUGUCUACCAUCUGGUUUAUUCAGCUCAUCGGCCAGUAGCAGUUGCGGCAGGGGAGUUCCUGUAUAAAAAGCUUUUCAGCCGCAGAGAUCCUGAAGAUGAUGGAAUACUCAAAAGGAGGGGAAGACAAAGUCCGAAUGCUAAUCUUGUGAAAACAUUAGUGUUUUUCUUUUUGGAAAGUGAAUUGCAUGAACAUGCUGCUUAUCUUGUGGACAGCAUGUGGGACUGUGCAACAGACCUCUUGAAGGACUGGGAAUGUAUGAACAGUCUUCUAUUGGAGGAGCCUCUCAAUGGAGAAGAACCUUUAACAGAUAGACAGGAAAGCGCACUGAUUGAAAUAAUGCUUUGUACAAUUCGUCAAGCAGCUGAAUGUCAUCCUCCUGUGGGAAGAGGAACCGGGAAAAGGGUGCUGACAGCAAAGGAGAAGAAAACUCAGUUGGAUGACAGGACAAAAAUUACUGAACUUUUUGCAGUGGCGCUUCCUCAGUUGCUAGCAAAGUAUUCUGUAGAUGCAGAAAAAGUCACCAACUUACUGCAGUUGCCACAGUACUUCGAUUUGGAAAUCUAUACAACAGGGCGAUUAGAAAAGCAUUUGGAUGCCUUACUGCGACAAAUCCGGGAUAUUGUGGAGAAGCACACAGACAUAGAUGUUUUGGAAGCCUGUUCAAAAACAUACCACGCUCUCUGUAAUGAGGAAUUCACCAUCUUUAACAGGGUUGACAUUGCAAGAAGUCAGUUAAUAGAUGAAUUGGCAGACAAGUUUAAUCGACUUCUUGAAGACUUCCUGCAAGAGGGGGAAGAACCUGAUGAAGAUGAUGCUUAUCAAGUCUUGUCAACACUGAAGAGAAUCACUGCGUUUCACAAUGCUCAUGACCUAUCAAGAUGGGACUUGUUUGGCUGCAACUACAAGUUAUUGAAAACUGGCAUUGAAAAUGGAGACAUGCCAGAACAGAUCGUUAUUCAUGCACUGCAGUGCACUCAUUAUGUAAUCCUCUGGCAGCUAGCAAAAAUUACUGAAAGCAGUUCCACAAAGGAGGAUCUUCUACGUCUGAAGAAGCAGAUGAGAGUGUUCUGUCAAAUCUGUCAACACUACCUGACCAACGUAAACACUGCUGUUAAGGAACAGGCAUUCACAAUUCUCUGUGAUGUGUUGAUGAUCUUCAGUCAUCAGAUUAUGACAGGAGGACGUGACAUGUUGGAACCACUUGUUUACACUCCUGAUUCUUCAUUGCAAUCCGAACUACUCAGUUUUAUUUUAGAUCAUGUCUUCAUUGAUCAGGAUGAUGAUAAUAAUAGUGCAGAUGGACAACAGGAUGAUGAAGCUAGCAAAAUUGAAGCAUUGCACAAAAGAAGAAAUCUGCUUGCAGCUUUCUGUAAACUCAUUGUAUAUACUGUGGUGGAAAUGAACACAGCUGCGGACAUUUUCAAGCAAUAUAUGAAGUAUUACAAUGACUAUGGUGAUAUUAUUAAAGAAACAAUGAGUAAAACAAGACAGAUAGACAAAAUCCAGUGUGCUAAAACACUUAUUCUUAGCUUGCAGCAGCUUUUCAAUGAAAUGAUUCAAGAAAAUGGUUAUAAUUUUGACAGAUCAUCACCAACAUUCAGUGGCAUAAAGGAACUUGCUCGACGUUUUGCUUUAACGUUUGGACUGGAUCAGUUGAAAACAAGAGAAGCCAUUGCUAUGUUACACAAGGAUGGCAUAGAAUUUGCUUUUAAGGAGCCUAAUCCACAAGGUGAGAGCCACCCACCACUAAAUUUGGCGUUUCUUGAUAUUCUGAGCGAGUUCUCCUCCAAACUUCUCAGACAAGACAAAAGAACAGUGUAUGUUUACUUGGAGAAGUUUAUGACCUUUCAGAUGUCUCUACGAAGAGAAGAUGUGUGGCUUCCUCUUAUGUCGUACAGAAACUCUCUGUUAGCUGGCGGGGAUGAUGAUACUAUGUCAGUGAUUAGUGGAAUUAGUAGUCGAGGGUCUACAGUAAGAAAUAAGAAGACAAAACCAGCAACAGGGAAACGGAAAGUACCUGAAGCUGAAGAAAGCAGCAGUAGUGACAGUAUGUGGCUGAACAGGGAGCAGACAAUGCACACACCAGUCAUGAUGCAGACACCUCAGCUAACUUCCACAAUAAUGAGGGAGCCCAAGAGAUUGCGACCUGAAGACAGUUACAUGGGUGUCUAUCCUAUGCAGCCUGAACACCACCAAGCUCCACUCGAUUACAACACGCAAGUAACGUGGAUGUUGGCUCAAAGGCAACAGGAAGAAGCCGCGCGACAACAACAGGAGAGGGCAGCGAUGAACUAUGUCAAGCUGAGAAGCAACCUGCAACACGCUAUUCGACGUGGUACAAGUCUAAUGGAAGAUGAUGAAGAGCCAAUUGUUGAAGAUGUGAUGAUGUCAUCAGAAGGGCGUAUUGAAGAUCUCAAUGAAGGCAUGGAUUUUGACACCAUGGACAUAGACCUACCACCAUCAAAGAACAGGAGAGAAAGAACGGAACUAAAACCAGAUUUCUUUGACCCCGCUUCAAUCAUGGAUGAAUCGGUUCUUGGGGUGUCAAUGUUUUAAUACCAGAGCAGCAAAUAAAUCAGUGGUGAAGUCAUUUUCUAAGUGGAAGAGGAAGUUUUUCAAUACAAAAUUGUGAUAGAUACAGUGAAAUUCUGAACAGAUUUUUCUCUAAGGAGAAUGACAUGCUUUCAAGAUCAAGUGCAUUGAAGGGGCAGUUUUGUUUGCCUGAAAAAAAAGAAAUGUAAAGGACAAGUAAACAAAUUGAGGAUAAGCUACACUUUUUGUUGGGAAAAAAAAUUCAAUAUUUUAUUUAUGUGCUUUCAGUUUAUUUCCGGAUCAUAAGAAGUAUUCCCUCUGAGUUUUAAUCUAACAGUCUGAGAGGUGUUUGGUACAGAUUUGAGCUCCUCUCUGUACAUUUGCUGGCUAUGCUAAAUAAUCAUGAGCUCUGCUGGAUUGCUGUUUACAUCCGUGAACUGAAAUAACAGGUGAAUUGGUUUUCUCACAGUGAUAGAACCAGAAGAGUGUCAGUAUUUUAAAUUAAAUGCAAACUUCAGCAACAGAAGGUUUGUAUUAAUUAAUCAUGGGAAAAAAAUUACAUAAAACAGAAUUUUAACAGCUUUAUUAAUCUAAACCACACUUUUAUUCUGAAAGCUUCAUGCUUGCCUUCUCAGAAAAGUGCAUAAACUAUGAACUACAGCGAAAUAACAGAUCUCAGUCAUGCUUGCCCAUUACCAACCCUGAAAGUUUGCUUGUCCUUUAAGAAAAAUGUAAUGUUGUGAAAUUCCUUCCAGUAGUGCCACUGUAUUUUGUCUCCAAAUAAAAGAAGCUUAUUGUAGUAUGUUUGCAGAAAAAUUCUAAACAAAAAUUAUACAGCUUAUUAGAGUGUGGGAAUAGGGAUCUAAAUUUUAAAUAAAAUUAUAUAUAUAUAUAAAUUGGUGCUGAUUUUAUAAUUGCGCAGUUUGUUUAGUUUUUUCUUACUUUUAAAUUCCAACUUAAAAUUAUGAGGUUUCAGAAAUAUAUUGAAAGUUUAACAAUGUUUAAAAAUAGAAGAGCAUGAGAAUUCAUGCUUUAAAAAUGAUUUUUAAAUUUGUAUUUUAUAUUGUUUUAUCUAUCUGUCUUUGCAAGCAGUCUUCAGGUUAAAGAUACUUCUAACAGGUUACAGUACAUUUCCUCUGUAUGUAAAUUAGAUUGGAUAAUAGAAAUUCAUAAACAACCCAUAAUAUUCUUUGAAAGCUAAGCUUUAAACUUCAUUUUGUGUCCAUUCACAAAUAAAUUAAAUUUGGUCUAAAACAGAAAGUGGAUCUAUGCCAUUUUGACAUCAACUCAUUUUGCAAGGCUUAGGCAGCUAGACAUCAUUUUAAAGGAACUAUUAACUUAUAUUACAUAUGUAUAUUUUUUGUCAGUUGUCUCUCAGUUCUUGAGGUAUAUUAUUUUAAUCAUUCCAUGCCUUAAUAUGCUUGCAAUACAAGAACCUCCCCAAAUGGGUGAAUACAAAAAGGCUUCCUGUUUUUUAGACUCAGAAAUUAAACAUUCGGCUGUGGUAGCCAAAAACCAUAGAUUAUCUAAAGGAUCAUGAUAAAAUAUAAUUAUUUUACUAAGUCAUGGGGUAACAACAAACUCAAAACUAGAUCUGCCUAACUCAUUUUACAUAAAUAAAUACUCUCAUGUCUAAAAGUACUGCCUAUAUUGUUUUUCACACCACUGCAUUUAAUAGAACUGCUGAGAGGACUGUAUAUAUGAUUUUAAACUUAAGUUGAUUUUUCUUACUCUUGAAGGAGUGUUUCUUUGUGAAAGCAGUUCUUACAGCUUUGUUUUCAACCAGCUAAAAAUGUUUUAUAUAUUUACCUUAACCUGUUGUCCUCCACAUUCUAUUGUCCUAAUUGUACUGUUUUCUGAUUUGUAUUUAUGUCUUGAGACAGUAACUUUUUGAAUAAAAAUAAACCUACAGUAUGUUGUAUGUUUGAUCUUUUUAAAUCGGGGUUAGGGGAGGACAGUGAAGAAAGGGGUAUGAGUAAUGCAAAUGUUAUGUUUAUAGAAAUCAAAAUCUUUUUCCAUGUCUUUUAAGUGUUUGUCUCAGAGUUGGGAUAAUGUAUGGAAAACUGCACUGUUUUAUAUUUGUAAUAAAUUGUACAAGUUUUUAAAAUGUGAAUAAAGCACUAAUUGGGUAAUAAUUUAAAGUAGAAAAGUUAAUGCAAUCAUGAUUGUUUUAAAUAUGCUUUAAUUUGAGAUAAACUUGUUAAAAGAAUUAGUGUAUAUACAGAGUGAGUUUUUUGAGAGGUUAGUACCUGCAAAUAAAAUUUUUAAAAUUUGUAUAGAACUUUUAAAUGCCAAGAAAUCAAUGGUUAAUUAUUUUGUGUUACGUUUUCUAAAGGUGUAUCAAUAGCCUUUCUGUUGGUUUCCUUUUCCUAUUAACUUUUAUCUGACAUUAUUCAAAAUGCUUUUGGUUCAGACAUUGGAGAUACUGUAUAUAGUCCAAUUGAGAUACCACUGAAGUGUGUGCUACUUUCCAUUUGUUACAUUUAUUAUACACCUGCUGAUAACAUUCUGAGCUUAGUUGGCAAGAUGGCAAGGAACUGAGGGGAGAAACCCUAAACAAUCUCUUCUCCUCCCAUUCCCCCCUCCACAACUACUGAGCAGCUCUGGCUGUGUAGUAAACUCCUUUCUGUUACAAAGCUUUUUAAAGGAGUCCUUUAAAAGUCUUAGAGAAAAUGCUUCUAAUCCUUGCUAAUGUAACUUUGGAUGGUUUUUAAAAGUUAUUAUUACAGAUGUUCAUUCCUGUCUCUUAAGUCCUGCUGUAAGUUCAAUAGUAUCUUGUGGAAAAUGGUUUUAGUGGGUUCUAAGUUUAUAACACAAGCAAAAUUCCUUUGCUAUACAAUGUAAAUCUGUUCUAGUUAUACCAUUUUGGUACAGAAGCCUGUAAAUGAAAGAAAUUCAAGUUUUGGAGAUAAUAAAAAUGUAGAGAACAACAAUUCAGAGAAAUUAAAGCCUGUCCUCUAGUUUGCCAAAGAGGCCACAGCGAAGAUCCUGACGUAGAAUGAAAUUCAAAGGAAUAGUCUUCACGUAUUCUGUAACAAUUAUUUCUUGAUAUUAAACAACCAAAGACAAUAUGUAAGAAGAUAGCGAUU